UGGUUGUUUAUGCAAAUCCUGCAAACAGACUAAGCGCUAGUAGAGAUGUUACAAUGUAACGUUGUUUUUAUUGCGCAAAAUAGUUUAGUGUAGCGUGGGUUUAUGGCACAUUUGGCACAAUAUUGACAGUUCUACUUGAAAAUGACGUAAAGUACUUAAUAAAAAAACGAAUAAGUAUAUCUCUUGUCUAGUCGCCUAGUAAUAUUUUAUUGUGCAGGGUAAUCAUGUCGCGUUGUUCAGACACGUUGCCUAGUGCUCGCUGCCGCGAUUAUGUGUUGUAGCCUACAUGUCAGCUGACAUUUAGUAGGCUAGCUGCAAAUGAUUUCAGGAAUUAUGAGCUACUGUUGAUCGUGGUCAUUGUACGGGGGGCUCUUGUCCUCAUCAUUAUAGGAACCGUAGGCCAUUGUGGCGCAUAGGAUGUGUUUUCACUGUCCUUAGAUGGCUGGCUGUGUGAUGUGCAACACUGGAUGUAUGAGGACAAGUGGUUCGUGGGAACGCAAUCCUGAUGCAUAAUGCAGAGUGAAAAGGAGCAGAGAAGCUCCCCCGCGGAUUUAAGAGAGUGAGGAGGAUUACAGUGGAGCUCAUAGCAGGCACAACGGCACACACGGCAACCGGAGCUGGAGCCAUGAGCAGAGCGCUUACAGACCAUAUCAGUAGUAGCUUCCGAGAAGAUGCUCCCCGUCCCCCGGUGCCGGGGGAGGAGGGAGAGGCGUCAUGCCAUACUCCCAGCAAACAUGCCAAAAUGAGAGCCCAAAAUAAGGCUAAAGCUGUCACCGUCGCGUCUCCCUGCUCCACGCCGAGGAGGAACGAGGAUGGACUCGGGGAACCUGAGGGUAGCGCGUCGCCGGAUUCACCCCUCGCCCGGUGGACCAAGUCGUUGCAUUUUCUCCUUGGUGACCAAGACGGUGCUCAUCUGUUCAGGACCUUUCUGGAGCGGGAGAAAUGCGUGGACACUUUGGACUUUUGGUUCGCCUGCAACGGUUUUAGGCAAAUGGACCUCAAUGAUACCAAAACGCUGCGAGUUGCCAAAGCUAUUUUCAAGCGGUACAUUGAAAACAACAGCAUUGUUGCCAAGCAGUUGAAACCUGCCACUAAAACCUACAUAAGGGAUAGUAUUAAGAAGCAACAGAUAGACUCUGCGAUGUUUGACCAAGCACAAACGGAAAUUCAGUCAACCAUGGAGGAGAAUGCGUACCAGAUGUUUUUAACUUCCGACAUAUACCUUGAAUAUGUGCACACGGGGUGCGAGAACACGGCUUAUGCCAACCAUAGCGGUCUCGGGAGCCUCAAGUUGAUGUGCGGAUUUCUGCCACCUCUCAUUGAGGAAGAGGAGUGGAGAUGUGACUUGAAGGCGAAAACGUUAGCCUCUGUGGUUGGACUAUCUGCCAAUGCGCUACGGGCCACUGCUUCCAUUCGGACUGCGGCGGAAGUGCUGGAGAAUGGGUACAGGUCACACAGACGCGGAGACGCGGCCAGUCCCUACUUUGUCAACUCGGGCUAUGUGUUCGCCCCCGCCACCAGUGCCAACGACAGCGAGAUCUCCAGCGACGCCAUGACGGACGACUCCAUGUCCAUGACCGACAGUAGUGUAGAUGGGAUCCCUCCAUACAAGCUGGGCACCAAGAAGCAGCUCCAGCGGGAGAUGCACCGCAGCGUCAAGAUCAACGGCCUGGUCCCGCUACCCCACUUUCCCAGGACACACAGGCUGCCUAAGGAGAUGACGCCGGUGGAGCCCUCGGCCUUCGCCGCCCAGCUCAUCUCCAGACUGGAGAAACUGAAGAGGGAGCAGGACACCAUGAGCUCCCUGGAGGAGAGGCUACAGCAGAUCCAGGAGGAGGAGGAGAGGGAUGAGAGUGACCUCCCCAGUGCCGUCCCGCUCCACCACCCCCUGCUUCACCCCUCGUCCGGCGCCGACGAGGACGCCCAGGCCAUCCUAGACGAGCACCUGUCCCGAGUGCUCAAGACGCCCGGGUGCCAGUCGCCCGGCGUGAUCCGCCACUCGCCCCGCUCGUGCUCUCCCGACCGGCCCUCCGCCGCCUUGGUCCCCUUCCUGGGGCCCUCCUAUCCGGGGGCCUCCAGGGGCCCGUUGGCUGGGAGCAGGCAGUCGACCAAGCACAUCCACCACCACUACAUCCACCACCACACCGCCACCGGCCCCAAGAGCAAGGAGCAGAUCGAGGCCGAGGCGGCGCAGCGCAUCCAGUGCCUCUGUCCCCCAGGGGGCGCCGACUACUCAGACUUCACCCCCGGCAGUUUGCCCAAGCGGCCAGGGAAGCCGUGCGAAGGCAUACGCCUGAGCCAGGCCAACGGCGGCGACGGGGUCACGUCCCCGCCCCACCUGCCCCUGGACGCCACGGACCGCUCGCAGAACGUCUGGCAGUGGAUCCUGGAGAGCGAGAGGCAGGGCAAGAACAAACCUCACGGCGGCACUCCGGGCCCGAAGAAGAGCCACCUCCCGGACCCCUCCACGCCCAAGACGCUUCCCGGCCGAACGCACUCUUCCUGGGGAGGCGUGGGCGGCGUGGGGGGUCACCUCCGUGGAGGUCACCAUCCGGCCCACCCCUUCAUCCAGGACCCGGCCAUGCCCCCCCUGCCCCCGCCCAACACUCUUGCCCAGUUAGAAGAAGCCUGCAGAAGGUUAGAGGAGGUCUCCAAGCCCCCCAAACAGAGGCAUUCAACGUCCAGCCUUCAAAGAGACAGGAGUCACCCUCUGCCUUUCCCCAGUGGAUACCCGCCUCUGAUCAGCCCCGCACUUCAAACAGACGAGUGGAAAGAGCCAAAGAAGUCGAUCAGCGGCGCGAGCGCGUCUGGCUGUGACCUUGUGGUCACCUACUUCUUCUGUGGCGAGGAGAUCCCCUACCGCAGCAUGAUGAAGACACACAGUCUCACCCUGGGACACUUCAAGGAGCAGCUUAGCAAAAAAGGCAAUUACAGGUACUACUUCAAGAAGGCCAGCGACGAGUUUGAGUGCGGGGCCGUGUUCGAGGAGGUAUGGGAGGACGGCGCCCUUCUGCCCAUGUACGAGGGCAAGGUCCUGGGUAAGGUGGAGAGGAUGGACUGAUGCCACCCUUAUGCCCACCCUUACCCAACCCUACCUUACCCAUCAACCAAAUACCCAACCUCCAGGGCACAGACUGUCGCGAGGAACUGGAGUGAUUGACUUAAUAUGGGGGGGGGGGCGCUCCAGACUUUCUUUCCUACUAUUAAGCUAAAUAAGAGUUAAUAUAUCCAGCACAAGAGGAGUGUGAUUGAAGAAACACGAGCCAAUGAAGUAUGCCGAACGCAGAAGAGUUCCCCCCUGACUGUCUUAACCAAUCAGCCUUAGAAACACAAGGGAACGACACUACAGACAGAGAGAGACGGCGACUGGAGGCCUCUAGGCUCCCUGAAUUUAACCACUGAAGAUGCAGAUGACUGUUUGUCCAAUACGAGAGACCGACGUUGCGAUUAAAUAGUGGUAACGUUGUGCGAACGUUGCGUCGCUCCCUGGUCGCCUGCAAUGGACUGGAGACAGCGCCAGAAGCCCCGCAAAUGCCACCACCUGCUCUUAUAACGUUGUGCAAACGUUGUUACAACAUGAAACGUCUAUACGUGUGCGUAUACAUACAUGGAAAGAUGUGUGUAUAUACAUGUAUUACAUUAUAUUGACGCGUUCUUGUCAUGAUUUGAAAGUUUGUGUAUUUAUUGAAAAAAAAGAUCCUCUCCCUCCCUCACCUUCAACUUGUCUACCCACCACCCAACCCAACCCAACCCACCCAACCCAACCCAACCCUGUCCCCUCAUGUCCAGUUGAUGGACAAGCUGCUUCGAGUAUUGGGAGAAUACUGUGGUGAUUUUUUUUUUAAAUGUACCUUGUAAUGUCACAAAGGUCAUGACACUAGUCUAGUGCCCCCUACCCCCCUACUUCUCCCCCCCCCCCCCCUUACCCCUGUCCAACCUCACUGUACCAGGGGUCUGCUGAGACGGAACCUUCCACUGUCGUAGUAAACCAACCAACCAACCAACCCAGUCUUAAUAUAUGCUGCUGCUAUGUGUUCUCUUCCGUUUGUGAGCCAGAGUAAAGAGUCGUUGGUUGUCUCUCACUCCGGCCCCGAGCUCUAUCCUUUUCUUCUUUUUUUUCGGUUGUCGUGCCUUUGUUUGUGGACCAGGCACCACACAGGGAAAGAGGCGAAAGUAGAGAUGAGAAAGAGACCCGAAUUAGGAUGAGAUGAACAGAGAGGACCUGGAGAAAAGAAGUGUUUACAGUGAGCACACCAAAAUAACCUUGUCGCGCUUCUAGUGAAAUGAACCACCUCUCCGGGAAGCGGUGGCUUAAUAUCGCCACGUUUUCAAAACUGCUUCCGUUCCAUGUUUAUUAGCAUUGGAGAGAAAGAAGAUGAGAAGAAGAAAAAAAAAAACGUUUUAAGAAAUGUUGCUCCAAUAGCUUUUGAAUGUUGUGAAAAGGACAUCUUCAAAGACGGAGUUCCUUGUAUACAUUUGUAAUUAUGCAUUUUUUUUUGAAGUAUGGAUAAAAGGACACAAACACUAUUGCUAGUGUUUUUACGAGUACAGCACCUGUGCCUAUAUGGAUGCCAUACCAUGUACUACCCUGAUUCAGGGUGUUAAUAAUUAUUCCCUUGGUUUUCAGAAGGGGUUUUUAUGUUGAAAAUAUUAUUUUUUUAAUGCAUUUAAUAGUAUCCUGUAAUCAUGUCAUUGGCUUUUGUGUUGUUUUGUUCUAUCUAAACUGUAAAUUAUACAUUAUAUACAGAGUUUCAUUUAAAGAUUUACACGGACCUAUAAUUAUUGUAAUUAUUAAGAGAUUGUAGCCUUUAUUAAAAGUUUUACUAUUUUUCAAAUGAAAA